AAAAACCAAAAACAAAUCGAGCGAUGUUCUCCCUCCAGUCCAACAGAGGUCGCUGUUCGUCGCGGCGCUUCGCUCUCCGCUGAGCGAACUGUCGUCGACGCGGAACUCCGUGUCUGUGUUUACGUCCCCGCUGCUUCUCUUUGUUCGCACAAAAGGGGGAAAAUGUGCGCCGUGCAGCUGCUGCGGGUGUCGGUACAUGAGCGGAUCAGCGCCGCCGCUGAAGACUUUCUGCUGCAGGUGGAAAAAGGAGAAGAAGCGGCUGAAAUCCCGGCGCUGAGGGCGCUGCUCACCGAGCGGCUAACGGCGGCUGCGGAGGAGAUCGUCGCUCUGUUUGAGGAAACCGUGGCGGAGUACGAAGACAGAGCGGAGCGGUCGGAGCGGGAGAUCUGCCGCCAGAGGAGGCUGCUCGAUGCCCUGCUGAAGCCCGAAGUGAGGCUGGACAGAGCAGUCAGAGAUGGACUGACAUCCACUGCUUUAUUAAACAGUAAAAUGCGAAAUCGUCGUCAUUUAAGCGAAGGUAGAGCAAGCGCCAGCGGCCCAGAUUCUAUUCCAGCCCAUCCCGCCCCACCCCCGACCACCACAGUGUUCCCUUCAGACAUCCAGCAGCCGCUGUUGAGUAAAGAAGAGUUUCCACUUGAGCAGCAGGACUGGAGCUCCAGUCUGCACCAGAAGGAGCCACCAGACCCCCCACACAUUAAAGAGGAACAGGAGGAACUCUGGACCAGUCAGGAGGGAGACCAGCUUCAGGGACUGGAGGAGGCCGAUAUCACCAAGUUCACAUUCACUCCUGUGAAGAGUGAAGAAGAUGAUGAAGAGGACCCUCAGUCCUCACUGCUUCAUCAGAGACAAACUGAACAGGUGAAAACAGAAGCUGAUGGAGAGGACUGUGGAGGACCAGAACCAGCCCGGAGUUCAGAUCCAGAUAGACACCUAGAACCAGUCAGUGAAGACAACUCUGUAGACUCUACUGCAACUGAUGACAGUGAUUGUGACUGGACACAGACAAACAAUGAGCGGUCAUGUGUGGACGCUCACAGAAACAAUGAAGCCCCUGAGGCUGAUGCUGGAUCUUCAGUGAAGGAGCGACCCUUUCCCUGCUCGUACUGUGGGAAAAGAUUUAGUCUGAAGGGAAACUUGAACAGACACAUACGAGACCACACAGGGGAGAGACCGUUUCCUUGUACCGGUUGUGAUAAAUCAUUCAAAGACAGUGGGUCGCUGACGGCACACAUGAGGUGUCACACCGGAGAGCAGCCAUACAGCUGCUUGUUCUGUGGCAAGAACUUCAGUGGGAGGGGAAACAUGACGAGACACAUGAGAAUCCACACGGGAGAGAAGCCGUUCACAUGCUCCGUGUGCAGUAAGAGUUUCCAUGUAAAAGAACACCUGAACCGACACAUGAAGUACCACACGGGGGAAAAACCAUUCAGCUGCACCGUCUGUGGUAAAGGCUGCGCUCAGAAAACAGAUUUAAAGAAGCACAUGAGAGUGCACACGGGAGAGAAACCCUUCAGUUGUCCCUUCUGUGGGAAGUGCUGCGCUGAAAAAGGAGACUUGACCAAACACAUGAGAGUCCACACAGGAGAGAAACCCUUCAGCUGCAAUGUCUGUGGUAAAAGCUGUGCCCAGAAGGGGAGCCUGAAGAUCCACAUGAGAGUCCACACAGGAGAGAAACCCUUCAGCUGCUCAGUCUGUGGCAAAUGCUUCACUGUGACGGGACAUCUGAAGAGACACAUGAAGCUGCACACAGCGGACAGUCCGAUGGCUGACUCCUCAGAGUCGGGCAAAGUACAGCAGGAAGUGGACACCGUGGAACCCCUGAACGCAUCGCUCAUCUGUGGGGACACCGAGGAGUUCCCAGGCCAGGUGAGAGGCGUAGUCCCUCUACCGUGUCCUGGGUCUGCACUGGAGGGCCUCCUGCCAGAUGGACAUGGCCAAAACACCUCCCCAGGGAGAUGUCCAGGAGGCAUCCUGACCAUAUGCCCGAACCACCUGAGCCAGCUCCUCUCGGAUGUCCGAGCUCCUCAUCCUGUCUCCAAGGCUGAGCCUGGCCACCCUGUGGCCGCUUCAGAGGUCGCUGUUUGCUGUCGUCGAUGCGGAACUCAAGUCAAGUCUGCCUGCACUCUGUUUACUAUCUCUGUUAUUUUUGCUCAUUGGGGGCGUCAAAGUGCGCACAAAAGGGGGAAAAUGUGCGCCGUGCAGCUGCUGCGGGUGUCGGUACAUGAGCGGAUCAGCGCCGCCGCUGAAGACUUUCUGCUGCAGGUGGAAAAAGGAGAAGAAGCGGCUGAAAUCCCGGCGCUGAGGGCGCUGCUCACCGAGCGGCUAACGGCGGCUGCGGAGGAGAUCGUCGCUCUGUUUGAGGAAACCGUGGCGGAGUACGAAGACAGAGCGGAGCGGUCGGAGCGGGAGAUCUGCCGCCAGAGGAGGCUGCUCGAUGCCCUGCUGAAGCCCGAAGUGAGGCUGGACAGAGCAGAUGUCCUGUUGGUGAGUAAAGAAGAGGAUCCCCCUGAGCAGCAGGACUGGAGCUCCAGUCUGGACCAGGAGGAGCCACCAGAGCCCCCACACAUUAAAGAGGAACAGGAGGAACUCUGGACCAGUCAGCAGGAAGAGCAGCUUCAGGGACUGGAGGAGGCCGAUAUCACCAAGUUCAAAAUCACUCCUGUGAAGAGUGAAGAAGAUGAUGAAGAGGACCCUCAGUCCUCACUGCUUCAUCAGAGACAAACUGAACAGGUGAAAACAGAAGCUGAUGGAGAGGACUGUGGAGGACCAGAACCAGCCAGGAGUUCAGAUCCAGAUGUGGAUUACAGAACAUCAGAAUUCUCUGUAGCUGAGAUUGAAGUCAUUUGUGAUGAUUGGGUUGAGAGCAGAGAACCUCAGUCAGGUUCAAACCUUCUGACAGACACCGAAGAUGCUGUCGGUGAGAAGAGGUGUAAUUUUCUCAACAAGCCAUUUAGCUGCUCUGAGUGUGGGAAAGCAUUUACCAAGAAUGGACUUCUGGAGACUCACAUGAGAAUGCACACUGGAGAGAAACCGUUCAGUUGUUCAGUGUGUGGAAAAAAAUAUAUGAUAUACAGAUAUCUGAUGCAGCACAUGGCCAUCCAUGAUGUGGGCAAUCCAACCAUCUGCAGCUUCUGUAACAAAAGACUUGUUUGGCAGUCAGGAGUCGAGUGCCAUCAGUGUGAGAGGAGUGAGUGUGAUAAAAGGCUUUGCUACAGCCAUCACCUGAAGAAAGAUAUGGGAGCUGAUGCAGAAGAGAAGCUCUUCAGUUGCUCGGUUUGUGGCAGGAAAUUUACACAAAGGGGAUAUCUGAUGCAACACAUGGCGCGCCACACAGGCAAGAUACAGUUUCGCUGUUGUGUUUGUGACAAAAGAUUUGCAUGGAGACAUGAACUGAAGAGCCACAAGUGUGUCGGUGGUUCAUCGCAGCUUCAUCAGAGUCAAAGUGAGGCAGAGCCUGUAGCCAGCAGGGAGGACUGGGGAGGAUCAGAUUCUGAUGACGAGACCUCAGACUCCUCUGAAGCUGAGACUGAAGUCAGACAUAAUGAUUGGAAGGAGGUCAGAGAACCUCAGCCAGGUUUAAACUCUGUCCCUGGAAGUGAUGUGGGCAGCACCGAUCAGAAAUCAUUUAUCUGCUCUGAGUGUGGCAAAACAUUUUGUGGUGAGGAAAAUCUGAAAGCGCACAUGAGAACUCAUGCGGGAGAGAAGCCUUUCAGUUGCUCGUUUUGUGAGAAAGGAUUCACACCAAAAGAGUAUCUGAUGAACCCCAAGGUGGCCCACACAGAAGAGAAACGGUUCCUGUAUUGCGUUUGUGGAAAACGAUUUGCUUGGCGUUAUAAUCUCAAAAACCACCAACAUGUUAGUGAGUCAUCACACCUUCAAAGUGAGGAGGACAGAGAGGCUUUAGCCAGCAGCUCAAACACCUCUGACUCCUCUAAACCUGAUGAUGGUAAUGAGACCAGUGCAUCUCAGUCAAGUUUAAACUGUCCAAAACGUAAAGUCCUUGAGAGCGAUGUCAGCAGUGACAUCACAGACAGGCCGUUCACCUGCUCGCAGUGCGGGAAAAGAUUUCGCCGCAAGAAAAACCUGCAGGAGCAUCUGAGAAUUCAUACGGGAGCAAAACCAUAUGGCUGUUCAGUGUGCAUGAAGUACUUUUCCUGCAGUGGGUCGUUGAGGAAACACCUGAGAAUCCACACAGGUGAGAAACCUUUCAGCUGCUCCGUCUGUGGGAACCGAUUUACUGAGAGUGGACAUCUGAAGGUGCACAUGAGAACUCACACAGGAGAGAAACCUUUCACCUGUUCAGUUUGUGGUAAAAGUUUUACCUGGAGGCAAAGCUUCAAUAAUCACAUGAAAUAUCAUACAACCAGAGACAUAUCACGGCCAUCAGCACAAAUCUGAACACUUCUCAGGCUCAGUGAGAUCAUCAGUGUCAUACUACUGUCACACACACUGGAUGUGCUGCUUCAGAAAAGAAAAGUUCUGCUCUGGUCAACCAGGAGGCUCCUGCAGCUGCAGAGGAGGUGCAGCAUCACCCUCAGAAACACAACAACCCAGAACUUACCUGUAAGCCUUUGAUUUUUGUUUGGAUUAUUCACAUUUUCUUAUUUGUCUACAGUUUGGACUCAUUAUAGAGUUGGUGUUAUCAACACACUUGUUACACAAUUUUUACACAAGUUAAAAGUCUUAAUUGUCACAGUCUAAUCUGUGGACAUCGAACUUUAUUACUUCUCACCAUGUUCACCUGCUCCUGCUGCCUCAGUGUGAACCCCUUUGUGGUUUUUCAUUGUCUGCAUUAAAACAAAACCGUGCCCGGAUUCUGACGUCAGAUCAGGUUUUGGUUGAUGAUCUGAAAAGCGUUAAGCUCACUAAAAUGAAGUGAAAUGAGUUCAGCUAAAUGUGACAUUUUCUCAUUAAACAAGAAACAUGAAAAUAAACCACCGCUGAAUUCACAGCAUCAACACAGAGAAUUUAUGAGCCCGAUGGUUUGGUGUCACGUAACCCAGGAACUCUUCUCUCACAAGACAGGUAAAAGACAGCUUCAGAAUGCCUUUAUUCAUCCCCCAUUUUUACAAGCAGUUUGUCUCAAAGGACUUAACAUAACAUCAGCAACAUCCUCUGCCCUUCGACCCUCACAUGGACUGAGGAGAAACUCCCAGAAAAACCUUUAACAGGAAACACUGGGAGAAAGCUCAGGGUGAGCAGCAGAGGGGGGAUCCCUCACCCAGGACGGGCAGGGAACCAGUCAACAACAUGAGAUAUGGGACAGAUGGGGGAUGUUCGGUCAGGAGAGAGCUGAUGGAGGCUGAUGGAGGCUGACGGAGGCAGCUCCUGGUGGGCAGGCUGGGCACAGUAUACAAUAUGCAAAGUGAUGCUGAAAUACUUGUUCAUAUCAUGACCACUUUAUAGAUGAAAGCAGAUGUAAUGUGUGUUACAUUCCUAACAGAUCACACUGCUGAUAGAUCCAUGCUAUUCUAAACUGUAUGGACAAAUAUAUAUUUCUGUCGUUAUUAUUGCUUUCAUCUAAAAAAAAAAAGGGGCAGUCGUGGAUCA